AUGCCAGAAAACGAUGUUUGCAUUCAUCCUGACGACUACCUCAUUCUUCGCAGUACCACUGAGGUGGUCAUCCAACGAUAUGUAUUUCCAAUACAAUUUUUUUUGGGUUUUAUUGGAAAUGCAGUUAAUUUGAUUGUGCUGUUAAGUCGUGGUAUGAGAUCCGAAGUGACAAAUAUACUUUUGUCGGUGAUGGCAUUCGCAGACCUGGGUUUCCUAUGUGCAAUGUUACCCGGUUCGUUAGCAUCAUUUCCAUUUGCAUAUCAAAGUAGCUGCUUUCGUUGGUAUUUUUACAAAACCAAACUGUACUUCCAUACAAUGGCUAAUUUGUUCUCUGCAGUAUCUACCUGGUAUGCUGUUUUUGCUUCACAAGUUUCACAAUUAAACUACUCUACCAAACUGCAGUUAAUACUAGUGGUAUCAAUAGAACGAUUUGCCGGAAUCCGUUCCCCAAUGGGUGCUCGACACUGUUGGAAUUUAUCUUCAGCAAUUGCUGUAAUUAUAAUAAUAUUUUUUUUAUCCUUGUUGGUUACAUCCUGGCGUAUAUUCGCUUAUGACGUUCUCAUUCAUGAGGUUUGUAAUGGGACACAGAUCAUCGGCCAGACCGGAAUGGCUCAAUACAGUUGGCUCGAUCGAACAAAUUGUAUAUCCAUAUACCUGAAUUAUGGCCAGCUAAUUCAGCUGGUCAGCAUAGUUAUUAUUCCAAUAUUUGCCGUUGCGGUGCUAAAUGUCCCACUGAUUUGUUUUAUGCGUAAUCGUAACGCUAUAAAUAAUACAAGAAAAAAGCGAGGAGCUUCUACAAAUAGAAGACCACGAAGUAACAGUGAUUUCUGUAUAAUGCAAAGACAAGAACGUAAAGUUACUGCAACCGUAUUAGCGAUUGUAACUUGUUUUACACUAACUCAUGCUCCGUCACUGAUUCCAGUUUUAAUGCUAACUUGUGGAGUUAAAAUUUCCGAUACCAACUAUUCGAUGACUGCACAUAUUGCGAACUCCAUUGUUGUCACGGGAAAGGUUUUGAACUUUCUACUAUUUUGCACAAGUUCAGCUCAUUUCCGGAGGAAACUGCUUGCGAUAUGCGAAACUAUUUUUUAUAAGGUAGGGAUAAAUGCUUCACAAAUCCUUCUGAAAAUUCUACUUCAUGAAAUGAAGUGA